AUGAGCAACUUGGAGUGGACAAUUCGCCUCCCGAACACCAGCCAUGUCCAGCUGUUCAAAGAUACCGAUUGGGCCGCUACUGAUCUGGGACCGCUUUCAAGCUGGGGCCCAUCGCUACGGUUUGCUGCAAGCAUGGUCUUUGCCGAUUCACGAGGAGCAUGCGUCUAUUGGGGUCCUCGACGAACAGCGUUCUACAACGAAGCCUUCAAGCCGAUGGCACGGGGUACCCUUCCACGGCUUAUGGGAAGCCCAUUUGACGUAGUCUUUCCAGAAUUGGCAGCCAGUAUAAAUUCAAUCUUCGAGAAAGCAACAUCAGAUGGUAUGACCGUGGACGUGGACGAUAUCCCUUUGACCGUGGAGCGGGACGGAUAUGUUGAGGAGACGUAUUUUGUUGGUCAGUUUGUCCCGUUGACUGACGAUAACGGCGUAUGUGGAUUCUACAACACCUGCCACGAAUCGACUUUCAGAGUCCUCCAUGACAGAAGAAGACUUGUCCUUGAUCACAUCAUGGCUUUGCCAAGUGUGUCCGUAUCGUCGGUCUUCCAACAUCUCAUCGGCGCUAUGGAAACCAAUCCCAACGAUUUGACACUGCAAGGCUCCAUAGGCGUGCCUGACGGCCACAAGAUCGCUCUUGUGCAUGGUGAUCUUCAUCAGACCAAGAGUGGGGUUUUUCCACUACUACGCAAGGCACACCUUAAGAAAACGCCGUUGGUCAUUUCCACCACCGAUGCAGACUGGGGUUCAAUCUUAGAAGGUGUCCAGUGGGCCGGAUUUGGUGAGCCUUCACGGGAGCUCAUUAUCUCUCCUCUGGCGAGCGCAGCAAGGCUUUUUGGUUUUUUGGGUACCGCUACUAACCCACGUCGGAAGUACGACGUGCGCUGUGAGCAAUUUGUAAACGACAUCACCCAGCAGCUACUCGCCAAGCUAAACAGUGCUAUCUCAAUUGAACAAGCCCGAAGAAAAGAAGAGGCGUUGCUGCGAGAUCUGGCUGAGAGUGAACGCAAAAUCCGUUACAUGGCAGAUCACUCCCCGGUAGGGAUGGUGUAUUUUAAACGAGAAGGAGAAGUCGUUUGGGCAAAUCAACAAUUCUAUGAUAUCAUUGGGACUACGAACCAAGAGGCUGCCGAUGUGGAAACCGUCCUUGAGUUCUAUCACGAGGACGAUACUGAGAAGGCUUCGAGCAUUUGGGAGGAGCUUGUGCAAGGAUCAGAUGCCAUUUCUGGCGAGCUCCGUCUAAAGCGCCCCUUUGUAACGCCCGAAGGAGACUCCGAGCAUGCUUGGAUCCUGGUGCAUGGCUUCUCCCUAAGGGGCGAAGGAGAGGUCAAAUACAUCAUGGCCUGCUUGACAGACAUCAGCCGUAUCAAGUGGGCCGAAUCAAUCCAAACCCGCAAUGCCAUCGCGGCUCAAGAGGCAAAACGCCGACAGGAGGAAUUCAUCGACUUGAUAUCGCAUGAACUACGCAACCCGUUGGGUGCCAUAACAAUCGGAGCAGAAACAAUCUCCAAUUGUUUAAGCAACUCUGAGGGUUCACAGGAUAGUUCAGGUCGCCUCGAGCUUCUCAACGAAAACGUCCACAUUGCCGAAACGGUCCUUGUGUGUGCCAGCCACCAGAAACGUAUCGUUGAUGACGUUCUUUUGUUGUCCAGAUUGGAGUCUCAAAUGCUCACCAUUGCCCCAGUCCUGACGAAUCUUGAGACCCUUGUGGAACGCGCCAGAAGGAUGUUCAGCGGGGAAUGCAAGCAACAUGACAUAGCAUUGAAAGUCAUCCGACACCGCUCAUGUGUCGACCUACAAGCCGAGUCCGUUAUAUGUGACCCGUCGCGGUUGAUGCAGGUCAUUAUCAACAUUCUGCCAAUGGCAUAA